UGCACAAACAACAAUAAAGGACACUCCGAGAGGAACGCUUUGUUUCCUCCAGUUGAGGAAGACGCGGGUUGAACGCCGCUGCGCGCGCAGCUCUUUGGUUGCCAGGUUUGGCUCACAGAGGCAGAAGUUUAUAUUUACGUUUUAAAUAAAACCUCGUAAAUUUAAACCUUCUACCUGUGAGGGCUCCCGGCCCGCGGUGUGGAGUACCUGGGGGUCGUUGAACCCGCGGGACCCGGACCCCCUGGAAGGGCUCGAGCUGUAGCAGAAGGCCUCGAAAAAACGUCGCAAAUCAUUGCGCAACAGCGGCGGCCAUGUCUCUGGGCGAGGCGGCGGCCGACUCGGCGCCGCUCUUCUCUGACGACAGCGAGGCGGAGGAGGCGGCAGGCGGCGGCGCGGCAGGCGGCGGCGCGGCGGGCGAGCGGACAGAGGGGGAGGAGCCAGCCAGCGGCGUGUCACGGGCCCGAGCGCUGCUCACCAUGUUCGUGCUUUGCUACAUCAACCUGCUCAACUACAUGGACCGCUUCACCGUGGCAGGCGUUCUCCCCGACAUCGAGCAGUAUUUCGGGAUCAAUGACGAGACGUCCGGUCUGCUUCAAACGGUUUUUAUCUGCAGCUACAUGUUCUUGGCGCCUGUCUUCGGUUACCUUGGCGACCGCUACAACAGGAAGUACAUCAUGAGCGUCGGCAUCACCUUCUGGUCCCUGGUGACGCUGGCGAGCUCCUACACCCCCAAAGAGCACUUCUGGGUGCUGCUGGUUACUCGGGGCCUGGUGGGCGUGGGCGAGGCCAGUUACUCCACCAUCGCUCCGACCAUCAUCGCCGACCUGUACGUGAAAGACCAGCGGACCAACAUGCUCUCCGUCUUCUACUUCGCCAUCCCCGUCGGCAGCGGUCUCGGCUACAUCGUGGGCUCACAAGUCAGCUCUGCAGCUCAGGACUGGCACUGGGCUCUGAGGGUGACCCCGGGUCUGGGCCUGCUGGCCGUGCUGCUGCUGCUCUUCGUGGUCCAGGAGCCCCGGAGGGGCGGCGUGGAGGAGCGGCCGGAGCGCCACGGGCAGCGCACCGGCUGGCUGGCCGACGUGCAGGCGCUCAGCAGGAACUCCAGCUUCGUGCUGUCCACCUUCGGCUUCACGGCCGUGGCCUUCGUCACCGGCUCUCUGGCCCUGUGGGCGCCCACCUUCCUGUUCCGGGCCGCCGUGUUCACCGGGGAGCGGCCGCCCUGCCUCCAGGGGAACUGCGCCUCCUCGGACAGUCUGAUCUUCGGCGUGAUCACCUGCGUGACGGGCGUGCUGGGCGUGGCCAGCGGCGUGCAGCUGAGCCGGCAGCUGAAGACGAGGACGGCCAGAGCCGACCCGCUGGUCUGCGCCGCCGGGCUGCUGCUGUCGGCGCCCUUCCUCUACCUCGCCAUCGUCUUCGCUCAGGCCAGCACCAUCGCUACCUACGUCUUCAUCUUCCUCGGGGAGACCUUCCUGUCCAUGAACUGGGCCAUCGUGGCCGACAUCCUGCUGUACGUUGUGGUUCCGACUCGUCGCGCCACAGCCGAAGCGUUUCAGAUCGUCAUCUCACAUCUACUGGGAGACGCUGGGAGCCCCUACCUCAUCGGAGUGGUGUCGGACUCCCUGAAGCGGACAGACUCGACUGGCUUGCAGUGUGGCCGCUGCAGAUCUCCCUGCUGCUCCUUGGGCCGCUAUCGGGGAGGCUUCUCACACCACGCCUCAUCGAAAGCAGGACCGACCACUGCUGAGAACCACGUGGCCUCAGACGACGAGCCCAUCGUGGUCCCAAAGAGCGGCCGGUCCACCCGGGUCCCGAUCUCCAGCGUUCUGAUCUGAUCCGGUUCUCCGGACCUCGCCGAACUCUUUCAGGACUUGUUGGGUUUCACGUUCUUGAGACUUUUUUAUGAUCCAACUUUACGGCGACUUGAGGGACGUUUUUAUUUGGUUUUGUUGUAAAUGUUCCGGAGAGACCCGACCGCCUCUGAUCAAUAAGUCGUCUCCGCCCGGCGGGUCCGGGUCAGCCGGAGGAACCGCUUCAUGUUCUGAUCACUAAUAAUUUCACCGGUCGUCCAGCUCACGAUGAAGAGCAGAGACUCCUCGUCAUCCUCAUCUUUAACAAACAUCUGUUUUUGAUCUGCUUCACCGAGCGGAGCCUGAACGCAUCUUUAGGGAAAACUCUGAAUGUUGAUAUUACGUUUGUUAAGCUAAAAUUAUUUGAACAACAUUUUUUCUUUUGUGAAAUAUUAAAGGGGAAUUAACUUGU